AUGGCAAGUGGUAGUGGAAGUGGCAGUGGAAAUGGUAGUGGUAGUGGUGUGGGUGGUAGCAGUGCUGUUGACUGGCGCCAGAUCGUUAGGGAUGAGCUGCGGGCCGUUACGUCUAGAGAGAUAAAUCGGGCAUUACAAGCGGCCAUGCAGCAACAGCAACAGCCGUCGGUACCUCGACCCAUCCGUCGUCGAACUACAAUACCUCGGGACCGCAUCGCUGCACACCAUCGAUUGUACGCAGACUACUUUGCUCCGGAGCCGCGGUUUGGGGACAACUUAUUCCGCCGGCGUUUUAGGAUGAGUCAUCCACUGUUUCUUCGUAUCGUUGGCGCUUUAGAGCGUCGAUACGAAUAUUUCAGGAUGCAAGAGGAUGCGGUUGGUAAACCCGACCACACGCCCGUUCAGAAGUGCACUGCCGCAAUCAGGCAGCUAGCAUACGGAGGUGCGGCUGACAUGUUCGACGAGUACCUCCACAUCGGCGAGUCGAUUGCCCACGAAUGUCUGGAGUUUUUUUGUGCCGGCGUUAGGGAGAUAUUCGGGGAUACCUAUCUUUGGAAGCCUAUCCCCCAAGACUGCCAGGAGCUGAUGACUAUGCACGGGAGUCGGCACGGGUUUCCGGGAAUGUUGGGGAGCAUAGACUGUAUGCAUUGGAAAGGAAGAACUGCCCCUCCGUAUGGAAAGGGUUGUAGACAACUGGUUUCAAGAGCAAGCAUCUCACGAUUGUCCUUGAGGCGAGUAGUCGGUUCGAACAACGACUUCAAUGUCCUACAGUCGUCCCCUCUUUUCAACGACCAAGAACUUGGUGUUAGUCCGACUGUCAAUUUCGACGCCAACGACAACCAGCACAACAUGAGCUACUAUUUACCGGAUGAGAUUUAUCCUAUGUGGCCCGUCUUCGUGAAGACGACCAGAUGCGCAAUAGAAGAUAGGAAGAAAUAUUUUGCGGAUCGUCAGGAGGCAGCGCGCAAGGAUGUGGAGCGGGUGUUUGGUGUGCUCCAGAGUCGAUGGGCGGUUGUGAAGGGUCCAUCGCGGUUGUGGCAUAUGGAAGGCAUCGUUGAUGUCAUGUACGCAUGUACUAUCAUGCACAACAUGAUUGUCGAAUAUGAAGGUCCGACACUCACUGAUUGGUUCAGUGACGAUGAUGAUGGUGCCGGUCCAAGCCACGGUGUGGCCACCCCCAGUGGACGUAUGGGGGUACCCCAUGAAGGGGCCGAUCGGGUGCGUGCGUAUGCCGACAUGCGCCAACGACCAGCCCAUAUUCGACUCCAAAACGAUUUAAUUGAAGAGCUUUGGUUGCGUCGGGGUCGUCGUUGA